AUGGCGUCCACGGAGGCAUCCUCGUCCACGCACAACUUUGAACAGGCAAAGAUCGAUGCCCUCAAGGCGUAUCGCCAGAAGGUGCGCGACCACAGCAACUUCAGCGACAACCUCAAGAAGGUCCGCCUGAACAUCCGCGCACUCAAUGCCGACUAUGAUAAGACCGAGGAGGACAUGAAGGCGCUGCAGAGCGUCGGACAGAUCAUCGGCGAGGUGUUAAAGCAGCUCGACGACGAGAGGUUCAUCGUUAAGGCAUCGAGCGGGCCUCGCUACGUUGUGUCUUACCGCCCUACCCUGCCUGCCGAAAAGCUCAAGGCCGGUCUACGCGUGUCUCUCGACAUGACAACAUUGACGAUCAUGCGCAUCCUGCCGCGCGAGGUCGACCCAAUGGUGUACAGCAUGAGCCUUGAGGACCCAGGAAGCGUGUCGUUUGCAGGUAUCGGUGGACUGGGUGACCAGGUUCGCGAGCUGCGCGAGGUCAUCGAGCUGCCUCUCAUGAACCCCGAGCUGUUUGAGCGUGUUGGCAUCAACCCUCCAAAGGGUGUGCUCCUGUACGGCCCACCAGGGACGGGCAAGACGCUGCUGGCACGUGCCGUUGCGUCCACGCUCAACACUAACUUCCUCAAGGUCGUCUCUUCAGCUAUCGUCGACAAGUACAUCGGCGAGUCCGCACGUCUAGUCCGCGAGAUGUUCGCAUAUGCGCGCGAGCACGAGCCCUGCAUCAUCUUCAUGGACGAGAUUGACGCGAUCGGUGGUCGCCGUUUCAGCGAGGGCACGUCUGCCGACCGCGAGAUCCAGCGUACACUCAUGGAGCUGCUCAACCAGAUGGACGGCUUCGACUCGCUUGGCCGUACCAAGCUCAUCAUGGCGACGAACCGUCCCGACACGCUCGAUCCAGCGCUCCUCCGUCCCGGCCGUCUUGACCGCAAGAUUGAGAUUCCGCUGCCCAACGAGCAGGGGCGCCUUGAGAUUCUCAAGAUUCACGCCAAGGGCAUCAACAAGAGCGGUGACAUUGACUACGAGGCUGUUGUGAAGCUCUCGGACGGGUUCAACGGCGCCGACCUGCGCAACAUCUGCACAGAGGCCGGCAUGUUUGCGAUCCGCGACGACCGCGACGCCAUCGUCCAGGAGGACUUCAUGAAGGCCGUGCGCAAGAUCAGCGACGCCAAGAAGCACGAGACGACUCUGGACUACCAGGCCAUCUAG